UGCUAAACAUGUCGCUUCAACAAAUCUCGUCUCUCUCACUCUCUCGCUCGUUUCCUCGGCGGCUCAGCCUGUUCUCAUUCUCUGUAGCUUGCGUACAAGUAAUGGACGGGUCGGAAACACCGGCCCAACAGGACCACCAAAACGUGGUCGUAAUGAGGCACGGCGAUCGCAAGGACAACGUCGAUCCCCUAUGGGCGACGAAUGCUGCGAAGCCGUGGGACCCGCCACUGGUGAAGGAUGGCCGGAUACGCGCCUUCUCCCAGGGUCGGAAGCUCCGGACCAAUCUCGGCUUCCCAAUCCACCGGGUCUUCGUCUCUCCCUUCCUCCGCUGCGUCCAAACCGCCUCUGAAGUCGUCUCCGCGCUCUGCUCCAUCCACGACGACCCAACCAUCCUGACCUCCGAUGACGUUUCCAUCGAUCCCUCUAAAGUCAAGGUCUCUAUCGAGUAUGGAUUGUGCGAGAUGAUAAACAGGGAAGCGAUCAGAUCUGGUUUCCCUCAAGACGGAAACUGGGGCUUCAAUAUCUCAGAGCUUGAAGCAAUGCUACCAGCUGGGACAGUGGACAGCACUGUGGAACAUGUGUAUAAGGAGUUGCCACAGUGGGCGGAGACAGUAGCGGGUGCAAGGGCUAGAUAUUUACAAAUCUUUCAGGCACUGGCAGAUAAAUAUCCUACAGAAAACUUGCUACUUGUCACUCAUGGAGAAGGAGUUGGAGUGGCGUUUUCUGCGUUCAAGAAGAACUCUACCGUUUAUGCUGUAGAGUAUUGUGCAUAUACAGAACUAAGACGACCCAUCGUCCAUAAAGAUGGAUCGUUUGUUGCUGGAGAUUUUGAGACACGUAAUGGGCAGGGCAUCGGUUACAUUCCAUCAAAUGCUGUGGCAGACGAUGUCACAUAGGUUUCAGAUUUAUCAAUUUUUUUCAAAAAAUAAAUGUACAGGGUUUACACACCCUAAUACAGCAAAUAUCAUUAAUCAUUUCAAUUAUUUUGGUGCUGAGCAUCAUUUGAUAGACAAGAUAACCAAAUGCUAGGUUUUUCCCCUCUAAAAGUGAUUAUUUUCUGCUUUGCCUCAGAGUGUGAUAUGAGAAGAAAUGCUGGGAAUUUCCUUUUC